AUGGUUUGGUUGCACGAAGGCUGCAGUUUCAGUUUGUUUUAUUCACCAUUUUGUGUAACCGUAGGUUAAAAAAAUAUCUAGAAAAAUAUAUAAACACAUAGGAACAUUUGCGUUUGGGGGAGAAGCCUCUUUCGUCUUUUUAUUUUUACGCACUCGCUUGGACAGCGGAGUUGUGCGCCAGGUUCGCUACGCUUGGUGAUUUGCAGAGCGGGAAUCUGUAUUUCUUUUCCCCGGUGCUUUUUUUUCCUUCCCCCAUCCUUAACCUCUACAGUAUUCCAGCAAAAUGUCAAGGCCAGUGAGGAACAGGAAGGUGGUAAACUACUCGCAAUUCAACGAGUCUGAUGAUGCAGAUGAGGAGUAUGCUGACAAUAAGCCCAAGAAGGUGCGAGCAGCCCCACAAGAGCCAAAGCACAAGCGAUCAAAGAAUUCACAGGAUGACAGUGAGGACUCUGAUGAAAAGCUCUCAAAAUCCAAAAACUAUUCAGCAGAUGACUUUGGCAGUGAUGAUGAAGACAAUGAUUUUGGAGAGGAGGAAGACGAAGACGGAGGAAGUGAUUAUGAAGAAAAAAAGGGGAAAAAAGGAAAAAAGGUCAAGCCAGAGAAGCCCAGCAAGAGAGGACCCAAGAGGAAACGGGCAGCAGAUGACAGUGAUGACGAAAAGGAAGUGAGUCGAAAGCGUACAGUGCGCCAGGCAGCUUCCAAGGCUGUGUCCAAACAGAGAGAGAUCCUGUUGGGUGAUGAAGGCAGCGAGGAGGAGGAGCAUGAAGGGCAAGAGGAAGCCUACAUGGAUCCCGAUGAGUCUGGCAGUGACGAGGAUUUCAUGGUGGAGGACGACGAUGACAGUGAUUACGGCCACUCAAAGAAGAAAAGCAAGAAGGUGAUCAGACGAGGACGGCUGGACAAGAAAGAGAAGAAAAGCCCCAAACCUAGACUAAAGGCAACAGUGACACCCAGCCCAAUGAAAGGAAGGGGGAAAGGGCGUCCCAGUACCAAGGCCCUGGAGAAGAGCUCGCCCAAAGAGGAGGAGGAGGAGGAGCCUGAAAGUCCCCAGGAGGAAGAGGAGGAGGAGGAGGAGGAGACCAAGAAAAAAGAGGAGUCCCCUGUCCCCAAAACAACGAAGGAGGCUGCAGCAAGAGAGGAAGAAGAAGAAGAUGAAGAGGAGGAGGACGGCUCAGAGGAAGAGGUCCCCUCUGGAGAAGAUUAGAAGAUGGUACACAUUUGAAGCCCAUCUUCUGUGUCCUUCUGUCUUUUUCUCCUUUUUUUAUUGGUUUUGUUUUUUUUUUUUCUCCCCCGGUGUCCUGGCUCAAUGGUUUGGACUUUUGGUUCUUUUCCUUUGCGUCCCAUUCAGCCCCACCCACAACCAUCAUGAACAUUGACAUCAUAUAUAUUAACAUUUACGUUUGACUUCUCCUGGCUAGUUCAAGACUUUUCAUUAUUGCAGUGUAAAUGUCAGUUUUGGAUUUUUUUUUUUUACAAUUCCAGAGGUCUGUUGCUUCUUGUCAUCUGUCCUCGGCAAACUUUACUAGAGCGCUGUAAAUGCGAAGCCACUACAGGUAGGGCCGACGCCUUUUUUCCACUGGUACACGUGCUUUUAAACCAGGAGCGUGUUUUAACAGGACAGCUUCCAUUUUUAUUUUAGUCUCUUUAUGAAACCUGUACAGUUUUACUUUUGGUGAACGCAGCAGUGACUUUUUUUUUCUUCUCUUUCUUCAAAUAUCACUCGUGUCCUGAACUACUGUGUGGCUAUGCAGGACAGUAACGUGCAUUACUUUGAAAAUGAUUCAAUUUAAUCAAGGCUGUGUGUCUGAUCAAACGGUCUGAGGUAUUUUACUGUCAGUGCGGGGAGGGGGGGUCACUGUCUGACUGCCACUAUCAAAUCUUUUCCAGACUCCAUGUGUGUGUUUUUUAUGUAUGCCUGUAGGGUACUUCCUGUCAGUGGGUGUGGCCUUGCUCCCCAUCACCAAUUGGCUUUCUGACACAGUUUACGUUGCUGUAUGUUGGCUUUCUUCUCACAGCUCACCCCAACGCCCCCUCCUCUGUGGCUGCAGCCUCCUCUCAUUGGUCCUGUUGUGCCAGGCACCCUUAUAACUUUUUUAAGAAUUGCGAGAGAUGUUUCCCCUUUUUUUUCUUAACUUUAGGAGGGUAAAAUUGAAUGUUAUUUUUUCUCCUGUUGGUUUGUUGUUCUAAUUCUCUAUUCAGAUUUUUUUGUAAUGUUUGUUUUUUAAGAAAAGAAAUAAAAUGUAUCCUGAUUUUAAAGAAAAAGUUGACCCUAUCACUCUGUUUUCUGUGCUUCGACAAGCCAUCCCUGACCUGUUUACUACAGCUGAAACGCUUCCCUCUUCUCUCUCCUCCCUCAUUUCAGUUCCCCCGGCUUGACGCUCACUGUUGUUAUCCAUGCCUAUUUGUACUUUCCAACUCUCGGUUAUUCGUGUGUUUGCCAAGCUGGUACAUUUCUUUACAUGAGGACUAGUAGUAUACUGAGGCUGGACUGGUUUUAAUAAUAUUACUGGGCAGCUCACUUUGUGUAUGACAUUCAUUUGUCUAUUAAUGCCUUAAUUUGAAUUGACUUUUCAGUAGCUACUUGGGUUUCACACAGAGGCAUUGGAAUGUAAUCUGAAGGUUUUUUUUGUCGUAAGCUGCAAACUUGUUUAUAGAAGAUGUACAAGAAAUUGUGUGAUCCAAACGUAAACAUCCAAAGCCAUAAAUGAUCUCAAAAGGGGGAAGACAGGUGUAGAGAAGUAGUGUCCACUAGGCUUUAGUCAGGAGAAAGACUGACCCCACGACUACAGCAGUAGUACUAUCAGCUGUUCUGCUUGUCUUUGGACUCACUUGAACCUAGUCUCUGGUUCAAAAGCACAUGUGAUUGUUUAUAAACUGUCAGCAGUUUACUGCGGGUCUUUUUUAUGUGUACGUUAGCACACAGUUCUUAAUGUGAUUUUGAGACAAUUGGGCAUGAUUUUAAAAAUAAAAACAAAGGGCGGGGGGAGACAAUGGUUUUUACCCAUGUGAAGCUCUGAGUGCUCUGCAGUAGGUUCAGCCGGUCAGGUGAAUCGCAGCACUCGGGGCACGAUUGAAGGCACUCACAGUCAUCUCACAGGAGACACAAGGCUGUGAAUUUCUCCUCUUUCUACCAUUCUAUGGUUUUGUGUGUUGUAAUAUUUCUGGAAGUUUUUUUGUUUUCUGUCUCCCUUCGUAUGUACUGACAAUGCAAACAUGUAAGACGAUUUGUGAUUCUUGCAGAAGACUCGUGUGGAGAAGCUUUUUUUUCAGUGGUGUGGAAAUAGGAACACUGAACUCAUUCUUUUGCAUGUUGUGGAAAAAAUGAUGAUGCUGGUAAAUGCAAUGGCAAUAUUGUGGUCUCAUAAAACAAAGUAUUCAUACUGAUGAUGUUGAUAAUGCUUUGGUUUCCCAGCUUCUAAUAAAGGCAACCUACUUU